CUGGGGCUCUCAGCUCUGGGUGUCAGGAAAUGUUUCGAUGAAAAUAAGGUGAAAAAGACUGCCUAGAGAUUCUCCCACCUGCUUUCCUUUUUGUUUGCUUUUAAUAACGUACCGCUCUUGUAUGCCUUACAGAACAACCUUCUAAAUACGGUACUGCUGCCAUUGUAGGUGCUUUUGCAGAAUGGGAUCUGGUCUGAUCCUCUCAGAAGUCUGGCACUCUUCAGGCUUUGAACCUGCACAGCCAAACCCUUCAGCAAGCGUGACUAGAAGAAUAAAGAGAAGUUAACUUACAAAAACUGAUAAGAAAGCUGAAUAAGAGUUUGAAAUGGAUUGAUUUAUGAUAUGUUUGAUAUGUGAGAGCAACGUUUUGUGUUGCUGUUGGCCAGCUGCUGCUGCCGGUGGACUUCAGCUGACUUCAUUGCAGCAAGCCCAACAGAUCCUAAUCACUAAUAGAACGUAAACAAGUGUGAUGCUGAAAUGAGAUGAGGCUCCGAAAUGGAACUGUGGCCACCGUGUUAGUAUUCAUCACUACUUUCCUCAGUUUGUCCUGGUAUACUGCAUGGCAAAAUGGGAAAGAAAAGUUGAUUGCGUAUCAACGAGAAUUUCACGCUUUGAAGGAACGUCUUCGUAUAGCUGAGCAUCGGACUCUGCAACGCUCUUCUGAGCUGAAUGCUAUCUUGGAGCAGUUCAGGCGUGCAGUAGCAGAAACUAAUGGGAGUAAGAAUGCACUGAAUAAUUUUUCAGAUGAGACACUGAAAUUGUUAAAAGAGCUAACAAGCAGAAAAUCUCUUCAAGUGCCAAAUAUCUAUUACCAUUUGCCUCAUUUGUUGAAAAAUGAAGGAAGCCUUCAACCCUCUGUGCAAGUUGGCCUUGGAAGGACAGGAGUUUCCAUUGUAAUGGGAAUUCCUACAGUGAAAAGAAAAGUCAAGUCUUACCUUACAGAAACUCUCCACUCCCUUAUUGAUAAGUUGUCCCCUGAAGAGAAGCUGGAUUGUGUUAUGGUUGUCUUCAUAGGAGAGACGGAUCUUGAUUAUGUAAACAGUGUUGUAGCAAGCCUGGAAAAAGAAUUUUCUACAGAGAUCAAUUCUGGCUUGGUAGAAGUAAUAGCCCCUCCUGCAACUUACUAUCCUGACUUGACAAACUUGAAAGAGACAUUUGGAGACUCGAAAGAGAGAGUCAGAUGGAGAACAAAACAAAACUUGGAUUACUGUUUUCUUAUGAUGUACGCCCAGAGAAAGGGGAUAUAUUACAUUCAGCUUGAAGAUGACAUCGUUGUCAAGCAGAAUUAUUUCAGCACAAUAAAAAAUUUUGCGCUUCAGCUUGCCUCUGAAGAUUGGAUGAUUCUAGAAUUUUCUCAGCUGGGUUUCAUUGGCAAAAUGUUCCAGUCUCCAGAUAUCACUCUUAUUGUAGAGUUCAUAUUUAUGUUUUAUAAGGAGAAGCCUAUUGAUUGGCUACUGGACCAUAUCCUCUGGGUGAAAGUCUGUAAUCCUGAGAAAGAUGCCAAACAUUGUGAUCGACAGAAAUCUAACCUACGGAUACGCUUCAGGCCUUCUCUUUUCCAGCAUGUUGGCCUUCACUCCUCCUUAGCAGGGAAGAUCCAGAAACUCACAGAUAAAGACUUCCUGAAGCCGUUACUGCAUAAAAUCCACGUGAAUCCACCUGCUGAGGUUUCCACAUCUUUAAAAGUCUACCAAGGGCAUACGCUAGAAAAAACCUACGUAGGGGAAGAUUUUUUCUGGGCUGUCACACCAGUUGCUGGGGAUUAUAUUCUAUUUAAAUUUGACAAGCCAGUCAAUGUAGAAAGAUAUUUGUUUCACAGUGGCAAUCCAGAGCAUCCAGGAGACAUAUUUCUAAACACAACUGUGGAAGUUUUGCCUUUUCAGAAUGAAGAAUUGGUAUUAAGCAAAGAAACCAAAGACAAACGCUUAGAGGAUGGUUACUUCAGGAUAGGGAAAUUUGAAAAUGGUGUAGCUGAAGGAACAGUUGACCCAAGCCUAAACCCUAUUUCAUCAUUCCGGCUUUCAGUAAUACAAAAUUCAGCAGUUUGGGCAAUUCUGAAUGAGAUUCAUAUUAAAAAGCUUACAAACUGAUCAUCAAAAUUUGCUUUAGAGGAGAAAGAAAGAAUCCUUGAAAACUUUUCCUAUAAAAUCCAACAUCCUUAACAAGUCACAAAUUGAAAACACUGAGCAUGCACCUUAUUCCAAAUUUCUUUCAUUUUUCACUUGAACACUACCUCUUGUGAAAUCUACUGUAGAUGAGAAGAUUGUACUUACCCCUUUUUACCUGAUCCAUCGAGAAACUGAUGCUUCACACUGAUAACAUUCAUCUGAGGUCUAAGUUGUCCUUCACUUUACGGUGACUUUACCAUCUUAUGGUUGCAGAAUCCUGCUACUCUUAACCUGUACUAUUUUGAUAGUAUAGUAAUAUAGAGAAGUUGUACAUAUUGUUACAUUCCUUGAAGAAGAAAAUAUAAUUAUUGUUAAAUACGUUUUAUGAAGGGGGUACUUUCGGAGUUCCAUUUAUUUUCUAUGACAAGAACCCUCUUUUAUAGAUUGUCAGGAAUAUAUAUUAAAAAUGUUAGGGAUAUUUAAUUUAUUAAAAUAAUUUGAAAGUACAUAUUUUUAUGCAGUAAAAUUUUAAAUUGAUAUAGCUUUUUUUUAUGGAUUAUCUAGUUUAAGUUAUCUUUCUACAUUUUUCUUUGGAGAUGCAAACAUAAAUUAAUACCAUAUUUCAAAUAAUUCAAAUAAAUUAAACACUGCCGUGUUUAAAAGAACUAGAUUGAGUUUCUAAAUUAUGUAGUUUUGUACACAAAAUCUGAAUGAUGUUCAGAGGCAUUAACAGAGUUCUGAAGAACAUUAUUCUUUGGGGCUAUGAAAUUCCACUAUGUACAGUUUGUAGCCACAUAAAAACAUGUUGAAAUGUCUUGGUAUUUCAUAUUAUGUACUAAAUCUGUGGUGAUUUUACAUUUUAUCCAUUGCAUUUUAGGAGGAUUUUUCAAUUCCAAACUGUUCUUUUCUAAAAAUCUUUGUAGGCAUUUCCUAGUCUGGACAAAUUCAUUUUCUGUAUUGAAAAAUCAUUCCCCAGCUUUGCUUUGGAGUGACAAGAGUUACCUUUUAUCAAAAAAAUUAGUCAUGAGAUGCAUGUGAUCUGUAGAGUUCUCCUUUUAAAAAUUUCUAUUAUUGCAGCAUUUAUUUUGGAUACAUUUCAGUGAUUAGUUACGGUUUAUUUUUAUUGUAUUCUGUUGUUCAAGGACAAGGAGGUUUCAGUCCAGCUCUUUUAUUGAUCAAUAUAAUUAUUCCCACUGACUGGAACCGAAUUGGGCCUCAAGUUAGUACCCAGCCUUUUGUGCUUUAAGGGAAACAACAGUGAUGUUUAAUGAGUCAGAAGCCCAGUCAGGAAAGGAAAGCACUUUGGGUUAAAUCCACAGGAGAUUAUUGCAAACGUUGCCACUGUCCUCAAGAGUCCUUCCACUUACAUGCUGCUGCGUAGGGACGCAGGCAUGGGAAGAUUUAAAUUACCCCGUCAGAAGUAGUCAGGAAGAGGAGGCAGAAACUCCUCUCUUCAAUGGGAACAAGGCACCUCAUUAAUGUUGGAGGGAGGCAUCUGCCCUGGUUUGGGGAUUCUCGGCUGUGCUGCGAACCUGCUGCCUGGAACUGCCAUCCGGAAAGCUGGCCCCGUUUGCCUUGUGGGGAGGGAGAGCACCCUUAUCUCCAACAGCGCUGUGGUCAGAGCUCUGUGUAUGGGCAAAACCCAUUGUGGAGCCCCUAGUUUAGAGUGGGGAUCUUGAAUUCAUGUUUCCAGCAUGAAAAUUCUUCUAAAAGAUUUGGUCUGUUUUUCAUGGGGUAUUAAUAGAAGCAGGGGCUGACUCUCCAGCUUUGCAAGCUGAAAGCCAUCACCACUGGGACAUGAGAGUCAUCCCGUCUUGUCUUCUGCUUUGUUGGCAAAUUGUGUUGUAGCUAAGACAACAUUCAAACUUAAGAGCCUAACUACUUUUAAAGACCAUAGUGAUUUUGUUUUAGCUGUGUUAUCUGAGGACAAAGGGAAGACAAGAUUUGUACACAGAGGUAAGAUCUUUUAUUUAGACUGACUGGUAUAAGUUGAAAAAAGUAGAUGAGCUACCAGGCAGGACUUGUUUACUUUUUUUUGAUUAUGCCAGCUGGCGUAAAUAAGAUGUUACAUAUGAAGUUUGUCUUGCCCAUGGAGACUGUAGGUGUAAGUUCAGCACUGGCCUCGUAAAUGGAGUUCAUUCUUGGACUUAGGAAUGUGGAUUUAUAUGCUCAGAAAUCCUGAGUGAAUCUAGCCUAUUGUGGUGCCACAGCACAGUUUGUAAUGUAUAAUCCCAUUCAGUCAAGGUAUUACCAAAUAAUGGUUUUUCAUUGCAUAUUAGCUAACAAAGGUCUAAGAAAUUAUUUGGAUCUCAUGUUAAUUAUUCUCUUCUCAAUUGUGCCUGUGAAUGAAUGAUAUAGGUAAUUUAAACUAUAACUAUUUACUACAAUUUAGAUUGCAGAAAUAAAUGUUAGAUGUUUCUAACGGUUUGUUAAUGUAAGUACUUUUGUUGACAGUAACUUUCAUCUUUUUCCAUGAAACAAAAACAAUUUAUGUUUAUUGAUACCAUUUAUUAAGAAUACUGUGUGCUUAUUCUCAAAACAUCACUGUUCCCAAUGUUUAAUAGUAGUUAAGAUGUAUCACUGAUGGUAAAUCUAAAUGUAUAGAAACCUUACCAAAUUGACUGCAGUACUCUGGUGUUACCAGUAUAUUUACUUUUCAAAUGUUGAGAUGAAAAUUAUCAAAAACCACAAAUUAACUUAUGCUUGAUAAAGUAUAUUGGUUUUUCUAAAGAUUAUUGCAUUUUUAUUACAUUGUACUAGCAGGAGUUGGGAAAACUCUGGGCUGCUUUAACAUUUAGAAUGUUCUUGAGAUCGAUACUUUCUAAAUAAAUGUGCCAUAUUAGUACAAAUUAAUUUAUAAUGACUCAUUUGGGAGGGGAAAUAUGUUUUAUAGAUUCAGAUAAAUUCAGAUCUGGCGUUAUUGAAUAGUUCUACAAAUUUCCUUGGAAAUUUUGCCUAUAAGAAGAAAGACGGGAAAAUAUUUUCUAUCAUCCCUACAGACAGCUAUUUGGGGCUUUCAAACUUUGAAAUGCCAAUCCCCAUCAGUCUAAAGUGGUCCGAAGCCUCCUUUUUUUUGCAUUAUGGUAAAAUAAGAAUGCUUCGUCUAUUUGGCCCAAUAGUCAUUAGCUUGGCUAUUGUUUUUGACUGGGGGUAUUCCAGACAGACUUUGUGUGUCUGUCUCAGUUGUAAGUUACAGUAUUUAACACAAGUUCAUCUGAGUGUCUGAAACCAAUUACCAGAUUUUGGGGGGAGUUUUUUCCUACAUUUAUUUAACCUCAAAUUAUUUUUAACUUGGCCCUUAAAAUGUCCUGGAGGUCAAUAAAACUUACAGUAAUCAAAAAAUGGAAAGUGUUUCAAGACAAAUGAUAUCAUCGGCUUCUUCUGAUGUUGUUAAAGCUUCAGAAAAAAUGAAACUUUUCUGAAACCAAAUGCAUUUCCAUAAACCUUCAUUUUCUGGGCAAAUUAUUUUUAACUGCUUAUCUUGGAUGCCAAACAGACCAGCUUGAUUAUAGCACUGGCUUUUCUCAGCAGAUCACAAUUGCUCUGGACCAAGGAAAGAUUAAGACUGUCAGUAUAGAAUUAAUCUUGCUUUGCUCAUUCAGUGGGUGGGCCUACUGAAAACUUUGUAAAUAAUGCGAUAAGGAUGUGAUCCCAAAUUAGUGCUUUUUUUAUUAGUAUUUCAGAAACACUCUUUCAGGCUUUGUGCUUUUGCAGGCAUCUCAAGCAUUUAUUUACAUUAAUAGAAAAUACUCAGAUGCAUUUAUUUCUUCUUAACUGAAAGGUGGCUUAGGAAAAUUAAAAUAUAUAAAUAUUUAAUUAAUAGACCAAUAAAAGACUGGACUCUUCCAUCAUAUCACUGCUUUUUGAGCUCUUUCAAAAGCAAUUCUAAAUUAUAUCUAGAUUCAGUUUAGAGCAAAGCAAUUUAUAGUUUGCCCAUGUGAAAUAUGGUUCCUUUAAUAUGCUGGAGUGUGAUUAGUCUUUGGCAAGAUCAGAUGAUUUUGCAACAUUUUUCCUCAUUUUUUGCAAGUAUAUAUUAUUUCAGUAAUCUUUGGGUUUUGUUAGAAAUAUUUGUUCCAAAGGAAGUAUUUUAGUAAGUUUGCUUCUAAUGUGGAGAAUAUUACUUUAAUCUUGGGGGGGAAAUCUUUUCAAACCUUUCCCCCUGAAACAAAUUAAACCUGAAUUUAAGUAAGUAAGUCUUACAUUUGCUCUUAUUAGGAAAGAUAUAUUCUGAAAAACCUGAAGCAAAUAGUAGUAGUAGAAAGGGGGGGAAAAAAGCAUACAUUUUAAAUAAUCUUUACAAUCACCAGCUUAGUGCUGAAAGGCUGUUAUAUAAUUACGGUUUUCAGAACAGCACUGAUUGCUGAUUUAAACGACAACAAAAAAGCUAACUACACACUGACACAAUGAACUAGUCUCUAAGAGCAUAGCUUUUUGACCUCAGUGUUCCCUUAACUGGUCUUCUGAUUUCUACUGUAAACAGUGAGCUAGAACUCCACAUAGCUUAAUUUUGAGAACUAUGAAGCCUUGUUUUAAGGGGACAAACUUUGAUAUCUCUAAAUGAAAGGUACACAGGCCCUAAGUCCUCCAUUGAUUUCAAUGGUAAAGCCACAGGGCACUACAUAUGAAGUAUUUUUACUGUUGAACUUAAGCAGAUGAUCUCUGGUGCUAGGAUUCCUAUUCAGGAAAGUUGUACAGUUUUGCUUGUAGCUGCCUGCAGGACAGGAGCUCAUGCUGUUACACCAGGGUUGAAGCAGGUCAUAACCGGAAUUCUUAGCCUUUUUUGGAUCAAAGGUUCAGUGCUUUACUUGCUAAAGGGGAACUUUGCUCAGUGUCUGCUGAGAGGGGAACACAAUUCUCUUCAAGCCUUAACCAUGGCUGAUACACAGUACUGUAAGAUGCACUGCCAGCAUAUUUGGUAUUUUAAGCUAAAUCUAGUUUUUCCUUAGCGAUCAAAUUCUACUAUUGAGAUAUUAAGUCUUACUGUAACUGGUUUACUGUUGCAUUGUUUUUGAAAUUGAAUCCUAGUGCUCCAAUUUUAGACUGGACAUGAUGCUUUAGAAAGUUGUCAUCCUCGUUUUUCAGAAGGUAUUGUUUGUGAUGGUCAGUUUGUACUCCUGCCUUGUGGACUUUAGAGUGCUAGGCAUUGCAAUGGGCCUUUGCAGCCAAACUUAAUUUGUAUUUUCCCUCCAUUUUCAUUAACAAGCCACUCACAAUAGUGGAUGUAAUAAUACCCACUAGACUGCUAUAGAUUGGGUUUAAAAACUUGCUGCUAUAUUUGGAAACCUGUUAUGGGUCAUGGUAAUUGUGCCUUUCACCAGUGUUUCUUCUGUGUGCCACAGUUGUCCAUGUAUAUUUGGAAUAAAGACAUGAAAAUAAAUCUGUUCUAAAGUUCUUAUAUAAAAGGAGAGGAUAGUUCUGUACGUAGAGGCAAUUGUUGCUUUACCAUUGCAACACUAUUAAAGUCCUACUUUCACACAGUCCAGAGGCAAGGUAUUCCAGUAUUAGUUUUCUAUGAAACUGCUCUUCAGUGUCACUUAAAAAAAACCAAACUUGUAAUGUUGAGCUUAUGCCAGUAUGUGCAAAAUAUCUGCAGUAAGAAUUACGCUAAAUAGAUUUGUUGCAGCUAAAUUUAAGCUACAAAAAUGUACAAGUAAUUUGUUUUUAGGAAUGUACUGCAAAAGUAUUUAAACAAAAUUGCUAACAUGUUUACUGUUGUAAAUAUUUUAAUAAAAAAUGACACUUCAAGGUUUUUUUUUUUUUUACACAAUUAUCUACAAUAAAGAGAAAUUUACAACCAUUUACAAAAAA